ACUUCACUGUUUUUGUUUAAACUUUAAAAAAAAAAAAAGAGAUGUUUAGUCUGCUUGUGAGUUUGCGCAUUACUAUACAGUUCAUAACCUAUGUUAUAGUUUUCAAAAGUUAAAAAACGUGUAUGUGAUUUGCUAGAUUCUGACACAAAACUGUAUUUACAUUGCGAUAUAACACACGUGGGUUUAGAAAAACAUGCAAUUAAAAAUGUCUAAACCAUUUGACAAAAAACUUGUUAAGCAGUUAUUGCUGAAAGAAAACGAAUUUAUUUCACAGAUAUUUUCAAGAACACCUUUCCCUGUAUCUGAAUUAGUUUCAGAUGAUCAAAGUAAUGUAAUAGUACAAAAUAAUAAAACAGCAUCAAAAGGAAAAAUUUUUUCACAUUUAAACGGAAAAGUGAAAAGAGCACAAACAUUUGAAGAGUUACAUGCUAGACUCGAAGGAUUAAGAAAUAUUAAAAGGCUAGGAUAUAAGGAAAAACAAUUGAAAAAGAACUUGAAAAAUAGAAUAAAAAAGAUAUCAAAGAGGGAAGAACAUUUGAUGCAGAAGAAAGCUGUUAAAAUAGAGCAAAAUGCAAGUGGUUUGUCCAAAAUUAAAAAGGAAGACAGCGAAGUACAGAAAAUUCCAAGACCAAAACCCAUAUUUAAUUCAGAAGGUAAAAUGGUUUUCAGUAAGUUUGACUUUUCUGAAAUUGGAACAAAAAAGAAACCACCUAGAAAAGAUACAAAGAAAAUUCUUCUUGAAUUAAAGCAGAAGAAAGAAAAGUUAAAGGAAAUGGAACAAUCAGGUGAAAUAGAAAAGGCUCAAGAACUUAAAGAAAAAGAUGCAUGGAAAUCUGCUUUAGCAAAGGCCUCUGGUGAAAAAGUGAAAGAUGAUUCUGAUUUGCUUAAACGAACAAUAAAGAGAAAAGACCAGCAGAAAAAACAAAGUACUAAGAAAUGGGAAUCAAGGUUAGAAAAUGUUCAGAAAGGGAUUCAAGAAAGGCAAGAAAAGCGUCAAGAAAAUAUCAUGAAGAGGAAAAAAGAGAAAAAAUUGAACAAGUUAAAAAAGGCGUCUAAAAAAGGACGAGCGAUGCCCGGAUUUUAGGCAUUAUAUAUGUAUAAUAAGUAUGUUUAGAAGAAUUUUAUAUUUGAUAUAUUUGAAUACAUUCUAAUUGCUCUUGUAUAAAUAAUUAUUUCGUAUAUCUAGUAAUAUUAUUUACAUCAGACGUAUUGACAGUUUUCAACACUAAAAAUCCGUAUAUCGAUUUCAUAAUAUAUAAAAGUGUGAAGUUUCUGGUG